AUGGGUGGAGGCCGAGGCUUCCAUCUCAUCCCUCGCCUGAACAACAUCGUCCCGGAGAGCUGCCUCCUCAUCGUGGUGGGCCUGCUGGUCGGCGGCCUCAUCCGAUUGGCCGGUGAAGACGUGCCUCCGGUCAUGAACGCCGAGGUCUUCUUCCUCUGCCUGCUUCCUCCCAUCAUCCUGGACGCCGGCUACUUUCUCCCCAUCCGGCAGUUCAUGGAUAACCUGGGCACGAUCCUGAUGUUCGCGGUGGUGGGGACUCUGUGGAACUCCUUCUUCAUCGGCGGGUUGCUCUUCGCCGUUUGCCAGAUUAACCCGGGGUACCCUCUGGAGAUCAACCAGCUGGAGCUGCUGCCGUGCCUGCUGUUCGGGUCCAUCAUCUCGGCCGUGGACCCGGUGGCGGUGCUGGCCGUGUUCGAGGAGAUCCAUAUUAAUGAGCUGCUGCACAUCCUGGUGUUUGGAGAGUCUCUGCUGAACGACGCCGUCACCGUGGUGCUGUACCAUUUGUUUGAGGAGUACGCUGGUGCCGGUACCGUGACGGUCCUGGACGGUUUCCUGGGCAUGGUGUCGUUCCUGGUGGUGGCGGUGGGCGGGGUCUUGGUGGGCGCCAUCUACGGUCUGUUGGCGGCGUUCACGUCCCGCUUCACGUCCCACAUGAGGGUCAUCGAGCCGCUCUUCGUCUUCGUCUACAGCUACAUGGCUUAUCUGUCUGCGGAGAUGUUCCACCUGUCGGGCAUCAUGGCGUAA